AUCACGACCAGUCAUCGUCCGUUCUCUCUUCUCUCUUUCCCUCUAGCCGACGCUCCCGAUCUACACCGCGUCCGCGACCUCCGAACUCCCGUCGGAUCGUCUCUCUCGUAGUCCCCGUCUGCCGUCUCUGAUGCGAGCGCUCCAUCCUUCUCCAUCUCCGCUUUCCGUAGUCUUGAUCUGAAGGAUGCCCAUCUCCUCCUCCUUCCUUCUCCAUCUCACGACCUUCGAUGCCUGACAUUGUCCACCAAAACGAGUUUUAAAUCUUGUAAGAGGUGAGAAGAGGGGUUCGUCGUCGGAAUCUAUAUCCACCCGUAAGCAUGCCCGUCAAAUGGCUGAUGCACUGGCAGCCGAACCAGGGGGUGACGCUGACCACCCAGAUCCUGACGGAGGCGUGCCAGUGCGUGGAGAGCCAGCUGGGCGGCGCCAAGGACGGGCGGUGGAAGACGGCGCUCACCUACUACCGCCCCGCGCUGCGCGAGGCGUCGGCAUCGGGGGACCUCCCCCGGGAGUUGCUGGGCGUUGCCCUCCACGACCAACUGGGAAGCUACUACUUCCUCCUCCGCGCCCACCGCCUCAUCCUCCAGGCAGACUCCUCCAUGCAGGCCCUCAUGGAUAAGCUCCAGUCCUACAAGCCCCGUGUCGUCCUCAACUUCGAGGGAUUUCAAUACCGACUCGGUGACUUUCAAGUGAGGGUGGGAAAAUGUGUUCCAUCCUCUGAGGUUCUGAGGGGAAUUAUGAUGGAGGUAGAAUACCUUCCCUUGUCUUCAAUAGAAAAAUCCAGGCAAAUUCUGGAAGAUUUCUUUGACAUAUGGCAGGACACAGUAAAGAAGAGGUCAUUGCCUGGCCAUUUUAUUCUUGUUGAACCAAAUUUUGCAGACUAUGGCCUUCAAGACCAUUAUACUCCUCAACAUACAGCGGUACAGUAUGCAACUUGCAUGACCCAACUGAUGGCUGCUGUAAGAAAUUAGUUAUCUUUAAACUAGGGGAGAUAAAAGGAAGUUUACCAUACCUUCUAUUGUUAUUUUUGUCAGACUUCAUUGUACCUUUCAAUAUUGUGCCCUGUAUGUGGUUUCUCAUAGGAGUUGAUAGGCCGGUGGGAAAAUGAUUAUAGGUUUUGGAUUUCUGCUUAUUUUGAUAAUGUCGUUUGGAUUAAUGUGUAUUGAAAAAAUAUUUUCUAUCCGUUCCUUCUUUUCGUUGCUCAGUAUUCUAAAUCUGCCCUUGCUUUUGUCCGUUA